AAAGUUAACACAUAGUUGCAGCAUCCAUCCACUGUGCGCWUUUACGGAAUCCCUUUUAUUGGCCUUCGGCACAGUAUGACAGUGGCAUCAGAGGCGCAGACCGGAGUUUACCAUGCACUCUCUCAGGCUUGACUGACUACAUGACAUACGAGAUGAAGGCUAUUUUCUGGGGGGUUCUCCUCGCCUGUGUGGACUGGGGUCGGGGUCAGGAGAAUUACACAUUUGAUGGAGACGUCCGCGACUUUGCCAUUAGUGACCGCUCGGUAUACGUCAUUACGGAUGACCGACUCUACCAGCUGAACCAUAAUUUUACCAACGUUAUGAAGAGGGAUAAUCCGAAUGUAGUUUAUCCUAACCAAGAAUCACAUCCAUUUAAGGUGAACAUUUUACUGCCAUUCAUCAAAAACAAGACCUUGAUCAUCUGUGGAACCACAAAAUGCGGYUACUGUGAAAUACUGGAUCUCAACGAAAUCUCGAAAUCUGUGCAUUCGGAGAAUAUUGAAGUGGGUUCAUUGGACCCUGGAGAUUCAACCAUUGGCUUUAUUGUUGAUGUCGGGACGAACUCCUACAUUAUGACUGGAAGUUUGCAGAGCCGUGUGCGUAAAGCGUGUGCGAAUUCAGAUCAGUUGAUUUCCCUACGGAAUACACUAGAAGGACAGCAUGGGGGAAUCUUUUCUAAUUCAGAUGAGAGUACGACUCCGUAUAUUGACGCCAGACAAAAGGAGAAGUUUCAGUUUGUGGACGGCUUUCAGAGUAAUUCACACAUCUACGUGUUCUCGAACGUYCCCCAAGGGCGUCAAGUUCAACUUAUUUUGUUCAAGAGCGAGAACAGUAAAARAAAUACUUUGAMGUCCYUCAAAGGUGCRACACUCAAAUGCUGUGGAAACACGGAGCGCCAGCGGCUCCUGUCUUCCUCUGUAAUUCAAGGUUCUGGUGGGCUCCAUGGGCAGGUGCUCUGGGCAGGUGUGUUCACGGCUGGUAACACAAGCGACCCCAUCAACACAAUGCUGGCCAUCUAUAACAUCAGCUCUACAAGGCCUCAACUCAAAAACAAUGACACAGACUUCUGCUAUAAAGGCUGUGCAGAGUCACCGCAUAAAGGUACCACCUCGGACCUGCAGCCAGAGGCAGUGGUGUUUAAAUACAGCUCCAUGACAUCAGUGUUGGCAGUGAGACACAACUCCUGGCUGGUGUUCUUCAUCGGGACAGGAGACGGACAACUCAUCAAGCUUGCUGUAGACAAGGCCUACAAACCUGCCUGUCCCAGAGUGCUCUACAAGUCAGAUGACGACCGCCGUGUGUUUCCCAAGAUGCACCUGGAUCCAGUGGACCGCAAACAUGUGUACAUGGCACUGAGGAACCAGAUGGUACGUGUGCCCGUGGCUCAGUGCAGUGAACACAAGAGUCUGAAGGACUGUUGGUCUGCUCAGGACCCCUUCUGUGGCUGGUGUGAGUCAAGAUGUUCGUUUCAGGAUGACUGCCUUCAGGCUUCAGCCUGGAUCUCCAUCUCUGAGGACUCCCAACAACAGAACAUGGUCUCUUACCAGGUGGAGAAGAGCAGCAGUGGAGAGGAGAUCACACUCACUGYCAAGGUCCACCUGACUGUGAAUGGGACAGGAAGUCUCACCUUUACCUGCAACUUCUUCAAUACUUCUUCACCUCAAAGAGGUGAUCUGUGUAAGAGCACAAGCCCCGCUCCAGCUUUUCCGCGAUGCUCCUGCCUGUUCUCCAGCGACCAGCUUCCUGCUGGAGGGUUGAAUGCCACAGUGAAGAUAAGAGUCGGGAAGCAGGCCCUUACUGAGAAACUGAUGCUCACUAACUGUUCAGACAUCACUGGACCACCUACCUCUGCCCUGUGUUCUCAGUGCAUGACAGCUGGAUGUAGCUGGAGUAAGAGCGUGUGCCUGACCCAGUUGCCAACUCAGACCCCAUACAGGACGUGUGCAGACUCAGCCAGUCAGGAUGACUACUCUGAGCCAGUGAUCUUUUCCAUAAAGCCCAGUGUUCUGUCCUUCCAUGGGAGAAACCAUGCCUUGAUGAAUGGAGAGAACCUGGAUCAUGUGACCAAGGUUCGCAUCCAAGGGCACAUGSACUGCAGUCUCAAGGAGUCUCCAGUGUGGAACCACACUGGGUCCAGUCUGACGUUCCACAUCCCCGGUGGAGACAAAGGUUCUGUCAGUGUGUGUGUCGUGCUGCCAGACGGUCGCUGUCUGGGCAAGGCCACUGUCACCUAUGGGUCCUUACCGUCCUGCACUGGGCUAAUACCAAGCACUACCUGGGCUAGUGGGAAGAGGAAGAUCAAGGUCCAAGGGUUCCAUCUGGAGUUUGUGGAGGGGGUUGUUCAUGACCACGCCCCUCAGACCAUCCAUACCAACUACAGCUCUGAGACUCUGUGGUACCACACACCUCUCUUUGAACACAUUAACCAGCCAGUCACUUGGGAUCUAGUAACAACAGCAGUGAUCCUUGAUGAAAACCUGCUCCAGAGCGCUCAGGACCUCAAAUGGGGAGCGGCAAGGUUCACCUUCCAACAGGGACAACACCCUAGCACCAGCCACUACAAUUGCAGGAGUCAGUGGCUUUCAGGGACAAGAUCUCGAAUGUCCUUUGAGGUGGCCCAGCCAGAGCCCGGAUCUUGA